UCGACCCAGUAAGCAAAAUAUUAGCAACGCUGGUAGAUUGAAAGUUGAUCAAAUUUACUGUCGAUCUGUCUACUAAUAUUUCGCUUACUGGAUUGAAAUCUGUGAUCUUACUUAUUAAAUUACAAGAUUAAUCGAAGAAAAAAAAGCAAACGCAAGAACACCUGAUUUCUAGACUCAUUUUCUCACGGCAUUAUUUCAUUGUUUCUUUUAAUGCGAUUUUCGUAAAACACUCAAGCUUUUAUAAAUAUCAUUUGCAAACCAUUGCAUCCUCUGAGCAAUAAUAUUUUCACGGAGGAGAGAACUCGGUGUCUCUCUGUGUGUGCUUUUUUUAGAAGGUUUCGCUUUAAGCUGUUUGAAGUAGAGAGUUUGCUUCUUUUGAACGUCGCAGGCAAUAUUGAUCAAAUAUGGUAACUCCCGUAUGUCGCACACACGCAUGUUCCCGGCACUUAAUCUAAGACGAAGACGCCCAGUUGAGCAAUCUCGGUGACAACGACGCGGACGACCCGUUGGAAAUUUCGGCAUAUACGAAAUAUGUCCGAGCAGCAAACGGAUUCGUACGACUCAAGAUCGGUAACAGUAACGAAAAGAAAGGAGAGGCCACCGUUUAAGUUGUGUUUCUCGAAAAAUCAGCAGAGCGGAAGAUCCGACGCUUGUGUGGCAAAAACGAAUGCGGAUUUUGUCACGCCGAAAUUCUACUCAAGAGAAUUCGAGGACGCGCAGAAUGCGGACAUAAGCGACACGCUUGAGAGAAUCGCUACGGAGCAGGAUAGAAAUCCGAGAAAUUUGUACCAGUCGCCAUUAUUGACCAGUCACACUUACGGUUGGUGGCACGACAAAGGGAUACAUCCGAAGAACACGCCAUUUAAUUUUCAUAAGAAAACAUCGGAUUUGGUAAGCUUUCAGAUGAAAAUUUACGCCGAGGACCAAAAGUUCAAGAAUCCUAAACAAUAAAUGAUACUUCGUUAUUAUCAAGUCAUCAUUAUGGAUGUAUAAUAAUUAUAAUUCAGUGGCAAUCAUUGAUAAAUCAAAGUUAUAUUCUGAUUGCAAUUGUGUGUAAGAUAUUAUUGA